AGAUAUCACCGCUUUCCCACACGGUUCUGAAUACAAAAACAGGCGCAAAUAUAUGUUGUUGAUACAUGAGAUGUUAGCUCAGAUUUUCGAUGCAUCAUGGCGAACAGAGGAUUAGCUUUGACAGCCGGCAGUGAGAUGUGAGCGGCUGUUCAGACGGUUUCUGAGGUUGCAUUUUAUUUAACGUUAAGGGGUGACAUAAAGGUGGGGGCUAGUAGUGGAUGUUGCUAGCUAGCGAACCUAACGAUAACUUGGUUGGAAGCUAGCUAGCGAGUUAGCUGCCUUUACUGUCUCCCUGGCACAACGAGUAAGCUUUGCUUUAGCUAAAGUUUAGCCUUGGGUGUUACAGAUGUCUGACUCCACCGAAAUGGCCCUGCCACCUGAGUGGGACGACGACGAUCGGAUGAAUUUUCUGUUCUCUGACUUCAAGGAGAACCGGGAUGUCAACACGACGGACUGGGACAGUAAGAUGGACUUCUGGACGGCUCUGAUCAUAAAGAGUUGCCGGGACCGCGGCACCGUAUGUGUCAACCUCCAGGACCUGAACCAGACCUUCAGGAGGAAGGAAAAGUCACCGCUGGGCUUGGCGACUGUUCUCCAGUCCAUGGCCAGAUGUGGGAAGAUACAGAGGGAGUCGGAGUUUGCUGCCAAUGUGGACUGCGGCUGGCUGUCCUGGGGUGUUGGCCUGCUGCUGGUGAGGCCUCUGAAAUGGACAUUGUCUACUCUUCUGGGAAGCAACCGGGUCCCUUUGGAGGAGUCUUUUGUUGUCAUUGAACUAGUAAAGGAGAAAGCAGCCGAACUACUCAGGGUCUAUCGAAGCAGUGAAUUUGCAAACCGCUCCGUCGUGUCACUUCAAGAACUCUGCUCCCUCUCCUCUGAUGUCUGUGCUGAUGAGAGCACCCUGUGCAUGGCUCUGCUGCAGCUGCAGAGGGACAAGCAAGUGACGGUUUCGUUGCAUGAAGGCGAGAAGAUUGUUAAGUUUUGUCAGCUUGGGCAGGACCGUGUCUCUUCAGUCAGUGAUGUGGAUAUAGGCAUCUACCAUCUGCAGCGCAGUGAGAAGCUGCUGGGAGAACGGGUGGAGAAACUGGGCCAGGAGGCUGACAAGUGCAAAGAAGAAGCAAGAGUUCUGCUGCGGGAAGGGAAAAAAUCGCAGGCGCUGAGGUGUUUGAGAGGCCGCAAGAGGGUAGAAAGGAGAGCAGACAACCUGUUUGCCAAACUGGAGUCCAUCAGAGGAAUUCUGGACAGAAUAGCCCAGUCACAGACUGAUAAGAUGGUUAUGCAAGCAUAUCAGGCCGGAGUAUCUGCCCUGCGACUCUCUCUUAAGGAUGUGACUGUGGAACGUGCUGAGAGCCUGGUAGAUCAAAUCCAAGAGUUAUGCGACACACAAGAUGAAGUGAACCAAAUUAUAUCCAGUGGCGUGACGAGUCCAGAUGAAGACAUGGAUGCCCUGGAGGAAGAAUUGAAAUCGUUGUUGGACGUGUCAGAGCCGGAUUCCAUCUCAGGCUUACCUGAAGUUCCAACAACCGGCCUGCGACCCUCCGUGGAGCCAAGCCUCAGUGACAGCGACCUGCUCAGCUCUCUGCCUGCUGUACCUCACAGCCACGUGCACAUCACCGCUAAGCGGCUGGAAGAAGAGCUGAAUAAGUUAACGCUUACAGAUUCAGGCUUUCAGCACAAGGAGAUGACAUAGCCAGUCAGGCGAAUAGAGCCUGCACAGUGAUGGCAUGGGCCCAGCAUUUCAGAUCAUUCAACAGACGUGUUAAACAGCCAUCAUCAUUUUUUGGAGGAAUGGUGCCCAGUAGACUCAAAGCAGCACCUUACUGAUGUUGUCUUUUCCUUCAAUUUGUCCCCUGACUGUAUGUAUAGAAACCAAGUAACCAAACCAGAAAAGCACUGCUUUAUUGAUGUGACAUAUACUUUUAAGAACAAGUGAUGUUAAUGUGAAAAGCAGGUUAUUAUUAAGUGAUCAGAAUUACCAUCAUGUUGGUGGUGCACUAACUACUGUCGAUAUCUGGGGUGCUUUUGUGUUCUCUAUUAAACAAAUAAAAAAAAAUUCAUUACAAAUGUACAGGCUUUAUAAAGUACAGUUAAUAAUAUCAAAGUCCUACAGCAGUGUUUUCAAAAAAUGCCCUUGUGUCACAGAUAACAUCAGUGGAUAUUGUUUAAGCAGACGCUCAAGGCCUUCACUGUGAAACACGCAGUCAUUCUCUCGUACAAACAAAUAUAUGCCCUAUUCAACAUCAGUUCAUACUGCAUUCAAACAUGUACUCCUCAGCUGUUUUGGCAGUCAACAUGAGAAAGGUGAAAUUACGGUUCUUUCAUCUCGAGAACCAGCUAAAUUUCAGUUGCACAUGAUGCAGCUCGUACCUACAAUAACAUUACCAUACUGAUAUCAUAAGAAGAGGAAAGACAUCCGGGAAGUAUUAAUUAUUUUAAUCAUUUUAAUUCUAUCCUGUGAAGCUGCAGAUAUGUUAUAUCAGACUGCUGUUGAUAAGACGGAGCAGACAGAAAGGUAACUAUUAGU